AUCAAGAUACACUCACAACAUACACUCACAACCCCCUCUUUCCUCUCAAAGAAAAGAACCUAGAAGAUAACGAUAGCACAAUGGAUCUCGUCCAGAAAUACGGCCACCUCAAGCGCGACCGUCGCAAGAGUUCCGCGCAGCGUGAAUUGGCUGAGGCAGAAAGGCACCAGGAUCAGCAGCGAAUCAACGAGCUGUUAGGCAGUUUCGGGGGCGCGGCGAACGACCACCCGGAUCGGCGAUCGAGCGGGGCGGGGAAUAUGGCGAGUAUGAUUCAGGAGUUUAAUGCGCGACGAAACUCGGAGUCGAUGGUCCCGGGUGAGCAUGAGCUUGGGGAGAAGGGGACGGAGCAUGCCGUGGAGUGAGUGGUGUUUGAUUUGCCAGAGGCCUUCCUGGUGAGCAUUGCUUUUAUGGAGCUGG